GAGAGUCACCAGGUUUAACCUCUGUGCUCCUGGCUGCGUGUGGUGGAUAUGAAUCCUAUUACUGACGUAGUACGCGGGAGUAUUAAUAGUUCCCAGGCCAUACAUGUGCCCGUUAUGACCUCCCCUAUAUGUCACACACUCGGAGUAUUAUUUAAACAACAUAUUACUGUUCUGGGAGUCCAAACGUAAUGGUCUGCCUCAGUGUGGUCCGGACGGAGAUUCCUAAAAAUUUCGCACCAUUCUCACAUUGAUUUACAGUCCGCGUUUCUUGUCACGAGACCUUGAAGCGAAUGUUUGUUCGAGGUCGUUAAUUUUUUUCUUCUUUCUAUUUUUAAAACGCCGCACGACGCUGCAUUGCUUACUCUACACCACUGACGGGACUGACCCCUAACCAAGCGGAGACUGAAAAGACUGGAGGUACAAAAACUUCAGAACAACAUCAGCUGGAAUUGGGACGACCGCGCCGAAUUUGUUGAAGGAAUUUUUGCCUUAUGUGACCGGGAAUCGAACCUGGGGACGCAAGUGUGCAGAGAAUUCUACAACCGUGUGACAUAGAGGUCCUUAGGGGGUUGACACUGUGUCCAGUGGUGUGACUACAAGAUAGAGAGAGAGACCACCACAGAACCAGCAGCCAUGAUGAUGGACGAAAUUCUCCCGGACGAGGCGGACUGGACGGAGACGGAUACCGAGGUGGAGAUAGAGGUGGAAGACCUCGUCCCGAAGAGCCACUGGGAUCUCGAGGCCAUCCUCGACGGCAGAGACACCGGCGAACCCAAGAAGAGGAAGAUCAAGAAGAAGGUGAAGAAGAAGGUGAAAAGGAAGCCCAAACCCAAACCACCCACCCCGCCCCCACGGCGCAUCACGCCCUCCCCUCCCCCUAAACCCAAGACGCCUCCUCCACCUCCCAAGCCCAAGACGCCACCUCCUCCCAAGCCCAAGACGCCUUCGCCAGAACCCAUCGUGUACUUUGAAGAAACCAUAACCCUGAACGAAGAGGAUGACUCCGGGACGGGGAUGGGGGAUGACGGCAUGGGGGAUGAUGACGGGAUGGGAGCAGGGGACGGCGGAGACAGCGGUGCCGAUACGGGGGACGAGACGGGUUUCUCCGAGGUGGAGAUACAGAUGGAGGCUGACGAGUCUGAGGCCGCACCCGGGACCAUGAGGUCUGUGUCGCAAUGGCGCGGAGGGGACUGGAGCUCCAUCAUGUCCAACCUGGCCAAUGCCAUGUGCACCAGGUGUCGCGGUGGCUUUGGGCCGUAUGAGAAGAUGGUCAACUCCAACGGGGAGCUCUACCAUGAGAAGUGCUUUGUCUGUGCCCAGUGCUUCCAGCCUUUCCCAGAUGGACUCUUCUAUGAGUUUGAGGGAAGGAAGUACUGUGAGCAUGACUUCCACAUGCUGUAUGCACCAUGUUGUGGGCAGUGUGGAGAGUUUGUGAUUGGUCGAGUCAUCAAGGCCAUGAACAACAACUGGCACCCGGACUGUUUCACCUGCCACACCUGCCAUGCACCGCUGGCCGACACUGGAUUCGUCAAGAACGCUGGAAGGGCCCUGUGCCGCCCCUGUAAUGCGAGGGAGAGGGCUUCAGGACUGGGCAAGUACAUCUGCCAAAAGUGCCAUCAAAUGAUUGAAGACAAGCAUCUGAUAUUCAAGAGUGAACCGUACCAUCCCUACCACUUCAACUGUCACCAUUGUGGGAAGGAGCUGACAGAAGUUGCCCGUGAGCUGCGAGGAGAGCUGUACUGCCUCCCCUGCCAUGACAAGAUGGGAAUCCCCAUCUGUGGAGCCUGCAGGCGUCCCAUCGAGACUCGUGUGGUGAAUGCACUUGGCAAGCAAUGGCAUGUGGAGCAUUUUGUUUGUGCCAAAUGCGAGAAACCGUUCCUGGGCCAUCGCCACUACGAGCGGAAGGGCCUGGCCUACUGCGAGACGCACUACAACCAGCUGUUCGGGGACGUCUGCUACUGUUGCAACAAGGUCAUUACCGGAGAUGUUGUGAGUGCCUUGAACAAGUCCUGGUGCGUGGCCUGCUUUGCCUGCUCAAUCUGCGACCAGAAACUCACACUCAACACCAAGUUCUUGGAGUUUGACAUGAAGCCCGUCUGCAAGGCCUGCUUCGUCAAGUUCCCCAUGGAGCUGAAGAAGCGCUAUAAGUGAAGGCCGUGACGCCUGUCAAUCACACCUGUACCAUGUACGCAUGAGUCGAUUCAUAGAGGUUGACAUGAGGCCUGUCUGUAAGAAGUGUUACGAGAAGCUGCCGACUGAGCUGAAGAAACGGCUGAAGACUUAGAGACAAGGAGGAAAGGAUCCUAUCCCAGCAUGCAAUAUUCCAAUAUGGCUGCUGCCCUUUGGAAGGUGACCUUCAGGUAGAUUUUGUUGUUUGGAGGGCAACAAAACAACAACAACAACAUGAUACUUUGAUUGUGAUAAAUUGGUUCAUAAAGAUAACAGUACAAAAAAGAGAGUACAAAAACUUGAGAAUAACUUGCUGAUGUGACCGAUUUUCUGGCCAAAAGUUGCUGUUGUGUGCUGGGAUAGGAUACAGUAGUAGGGUUGGAAGAUGGCAAUGAUGCUGAACGGAGGAGAUGGAAAAAGGAUGAAAUUAGAUACAUCGACGAAGGUUAUUAGACACCCAGGUGAUAAGAUAUGCCAAAACAGAUACUUAUCGACAAGCAACUGGACAUGAAUUUGGAAACUGUCACUGACAUUUCAGAUAGCAUCCACUGCCUUUCAGUGACUUAGUAGUACUGUUUCCAAAAUCAUAUCCAGUUACUUGUGGAUGAAUAUUGUAACUGUGUUUUGGUAGUUAAAGUAGAUAAUCAUAGUUUUGUACAGCAUAGCUAUUCUGAUACUUACACAAAAAUCAGGAGAUCUGAAAGGCAUGGAUAUCUUACACUGUUGCCUGAACCACCUGUUUUGGACAAGUCAGUGCUAACAAAUGGAGUAACAAAGUUCUUUGCAUAUUCACAAAUUAAAGAAAAUUAUAACCGCCAAUGUUUCAAUGACCGUCUGUCAUCUUCUUCAGUGUGUUAACGACUAGUUCACUUUGCACUGCAGCUAGUUGAACCAAUCAUUAUUGCCCAUAAGGGACAAUCAUUGAAGCGUUGGCUGUUAUCAUUCAUUUGUUGUGAAUAAGGAAAUGAUUCACUUGAUGAAACUUCCCACAGAUGUCUUGCAGAUGUACACACUUAUUCAUUACCAGAUGGGUGCAAUAAGAAAUGGUGCUAAGAAAAUUCAUGAUAUCUCACAAAACUACAGUGCACUAGACUGCAAUCUUACAGAUACUGUUUUUUUUUUCUUUUUGAUUGACAUGCCACCAUAUAAUACCAGUGACAGACUGAUUGCAGCACACACACAGACCGUAUUUGCAUUAACGUAUAGUAAGAUAUACAAUGUAUAUGCGCUACGUUUGUGUUGGAAAAGAAAUCUAUGCCACGGGGGGAGUUUCGCCACGUUGACCAGACAUCCGUCAGAUACUACAUUUGUAUGAUGAAUUCUAUGGUAGCUAUAAACUUCACAUACUUGAUAACACAAUUGCAACAGAGGUGCUAUGGCAGUCAAGGGCCAAAAGGAGUUACAGUAGUUGUUUACAGUAACUGUUGAUUUUGCCAUGUUCUUUGUACGUGCCAUAGACGGUAUCUCUGCUACUUAAUAUGCAUGAAGAAUGCCCAAUAUCCAUACAAAAUCUAAUCAUGAAAGGGAUAAUAUAAGCUUUAGGUAGCUAUUUCAGUACUCUACUUGCUUUUGUAGGUAAUUGAUAUUAUACCAUAUAUUUUUAAUAUUUAACCUGUUUUUUGGCACUUGGUGCAAAAUUCAAUAAUGGAAAUGGCAGAAAUGGAAACCAUUGGUUUUUCUUAAUGUACAUGUAGGUGUACAUGUAGUAGCUAGUUUGUAUAGUUAAAGCUAUUUUUACAAUCAUUAUUUACUUGUAUUUAUGUUAGCUGCUUUUACUGAUGCCACGCUUGCUUAAGCAGACUUCAUGGCAGCUUUUGUCUUAGAAGUGCUAAAAAAGUCUAAUAUUUUGUGUUACAAAUCAUAUUAAUGCAGUAGAUGCACUGGAUGGUAGUAAAUGUAUUUGAUAAUAUACAUUGUAUAAGGGCAAGAAAUAUACUUGAUAAGUGUCAAUACCUUACUUUGGAUGGUCCAGUAAUUGCUUAACUGAUGAAGCAACAUGUUAGAACGUUAUGUUUUGAAGCAAAAUAGAUAUUAAAUGUAAGUGUGAUAAGGUUUCAGGGACGAAUAUUUAGUAUUUACUAUAUACAUGAAGUUAUUCAAAGAAACGGCAUUCAAAUCUGUGGGGAUUUUAACAGUAUGCAGAUAGAAUUAGUCUAUUAGUUCAAGCCAAUGUAGUAGGUCUUAGUUCUAUUGUACAUGUAUAUGCAUGGCUCAUAAACAACAUGCCACAUGUUAUGAUAAUACUGAUAGAAUAGAGGGGAAAGAAUUGAAUGUUAUUAUGUCAUAUUUAUUUUAACCAGUUUGUCUUCCUCAUCAAUAGCUUGUUCCAAGUAAAGAGAGUCACUUUUUGCUGGUGUUAAGCUUAGUUAUAUUUUUAAGUGUUCACAGUCAGCUACAAUGUAGAUUGUAUUUUUUUAAUUUGGCAUAAUAUUUACUAAGAAGACAGUAAAAUUGGAAUUUUGUUUUAUUUACAUAAGACCAAUAAAAUGUUGCCUUUUUUCAGCUGA